UCUUUUCUAUGUGAUGACCCUCUAGUGUCCAAUAGCUGAAUAAGAACGAGACUUCUGGGAAGUUCAUCAACAGUGAUAUUGAUAUGAAAUGCUCAAUGUUUGGGUAUCAGCUUAACUCAUAAUGUGCCGUAAAGAAUAAAACCCUCUACGUCAAUUGGAGCAAUGACAUCGAAUAGCGGCAAUGACGUUCAAAACUUAUUGGAAUGCCCGGUGUGCAUGGAGUCAUAUGAAGAAUCCGGACGACGGACACCAAAAAUGCUCCCUUGUCAGCAUUCUUUUUGCGUUGACUGUUUGAAAACUAUUUCCAGUGGGGGAAGAAUCCAGUGUCCAAGUUGUCGUAGACAAAUCUGUAUCCCUGUUAAAGAACUUCCCACAAGUCUCGUACUUAUUCAGCUACUCGAUGCUAGAGGAACAUCGUCAAAUAAGGAUAACGAUAAUGCGCUGGUAAAAUACAUUCAUCGGCUUUACAACUGGAUAGCAAAUGGGUUACGUCGCUUCAUUCAAAUCGCAACCACAACUUUUUUUCUGGUGUCACUUUUUCUUCGUAAUGCAGCAUUGUCAGUAACAUGGAUUAUCGAAGUAAUAACCCGCCCAAUUCUUGACUUUCUAGAAGCGACCUUGGAUGCUGCCAAGGACAAGAUUAAAAAGAUACGAUCAUUCAGAGAUAAUCUAUUUGCCUCCAUUACAUUGAUACCUUCGCCAACAACUUCAAACAGUAUGAAAUCUGAAUGUUUAAACUUUGCUCAUCUACUAAUAGAAAACAUGUCUAAAAACAGAAAACUAGAAAAAAUAUCUAAAAGUCGAAAAUUGGCAUUAGAACAAAAAUGUCUAUAUCUUUUAAAUGAGAUGUCGGAAAACCUGUCCCGAUCGGAUAACGCCAAUCUCGGAGACAUACAAAAUGUAGAGGCCCUUUUGUCAAUUUUAAAAAAGAAACUACGAGCCAGGUCGCGAGAUGCAACUUUUUUCAAUCUGCUUUCAUUGUUUAUAAGAUUGACAGAUGAAACUCCAUCAACGUGUAGAAAUAUUGUUGAUGCAGAAGGACUGACAAUUUUUUGUUUGUUGCUUAAGGAAAAACACUUCAGUUCGUGUGUUGGAGAUGUGCUAUUAAUUUUGAGCAAUUUGGCGGAGGAACCAGAAACAUGCCGGCACUUUUUGAAGGACAAACACGGAUUAGUUGGACAUAUCCUAAAACUGAUGAAUUCGAGGGAAACGCCUACGAGCUACUGCGCCGCUUUGGUCAUCUCACGUUUGCUUACAAUCGACUUGAAAGAAUGGAAGAAACUCACAAACUCUCCUAAUUUACGGAAUAGAACACUGUCAGACAUGUCUAAUUGCGUGAUAAAAUGGGAUACUGCAUCAGAAAUCGGAAUCACAUUCAGAUCCUUCAAGCCUUUUUAUCCACUCCUUCAAAGAUAUGACGCACCACCUCUCCAAUUAUUUGCUGUAUGGACGAUAUGGAAGUUUUGUCUGAAUCCAGAUAAAAAAUAUCAACAAAUACUGAUUAAUGAGCAAGGUAUCGACUAUCUACUGGAACUGACAGAAAAUCCUUACGCGGACAAUUUUGUGAAAAUGUUCGCUGUACUUACUCUGAAAUUGAUUGAACAGCGAUUUUUGUGAAUAAGCAAGCACGUCUGCUUUAUAACGUAAAACCAAUAUUA